AUGAUGCCACAGAGGCGAGUUCCGCGGUCCUCCCCGCGGCGGUCCCUACCUGGGCCCGGGCGGCGGCGGCGGCGGCGGCGGCGGCGGCGGGGUCGCGGCGCCCAUGGCUUCGCCGGCCUCGGGCGGCCGCGCCGGGAAUCGCCAGGGGCUCAGCGCCGCCCGGAGCCCGCCGCGCUCGCAGCGGCCGCCCCGGCGCCGUCAUUGGGCCGGCGCGUCACGUGGGCCGGCCGCGGGCGAGCCUCCCCGGCACGCGUAACCCUUUACCUGCGCCCCGCGCCGCGCGCGACCGCGCCGCGCUCCAGCGCCUGGAGCCGACAGCCGACCCCCCGGAGCCGGGGCUGGCCUCCGGGCGCACUGAUGCAGAAAAUCCGGAGCUCGGCCUCCGAGCACCGACACCCAGGUUGCAUGCCCAUCUCCUGCCCGUGCUGGGAAACUUUUCGGUGCCUACUUUUCUGUCGUGCUCUAGGGAGAGAGGAGCUUCCUAUAAUUCGAGACUUCUGGCAUUCGCCGCUUAGAUCUGGUGUGUGCACGAUCGCCUGCCUUUAUGAGAGAGAGGGUCUGAGAACCCGCGCCGUCGCUACCGUGGUGAUAAUUCCUGGGAAAGUUGCACAGUCUGGCCUGCACCCUCAAAAACCACAAGUGGGAGUUCAUCGAAAUCAUGCUUCCCCGCCCCCCACCUUCCCUCUCUUUUCCUGGGGUGUUGGAACCUCGGCUGCAAUACGCCGUCUAACCCUGAGCUCCAGGCCCCUACUUGUUGCAACCCAUGCACCUAAGGUGGGUGGAGAACUGCUGCUUUACCCUAAAAUACUACUGAAGUAUUGGAAAUUCUUUUCACCUGUGCCCCAAAGUAAAUGUUGGGCUUGACAGGAAAAUGUUUUAAGCAACUGCGCCACCUAGCUUACCCUCUUCUCUCUUUUCUCUUCAACUCCUCCAGGGAGAGUUAGGAUAAAACAGGACGCUGGAGACGUAACUGGACCAAAUUCUAAACAUGGACACACUACCCUUAGUUUUUAAUAUGUCCACUUUAGUGAUUACAGCGCUAUUUACACGAUAUUUGCUAUGCUUUAUGGGGGAAAACUCGUUUUUUGAAUUUCCCAGUUGUGUCCUAGCUGCGUGCUUUAAAAUGAUUUAUGAGGGAAGUUAUAUGCUGUUUCAUGUCUUUUUCUGAUAAGACCCUCUAAUUUUAUGAUAAAACCCUUUGUCACAGGGGCCGGCGCACUGGCCUAGUGGUUAAAGUUUGGCGCCUUCUGCGUGGUUGGCUGGAGUUGGCGGGUUCCCUGGUUCAGGUUCUGGGUGUGGACCUAUACCACUCAUCAGCCAUGCUGUGGCAGCGACCCACAUACAAAAUAGAGGAAGACUGGCAUAGAUGUUAGUUUAGGGCUAAUCUUCCUCGGUGGAAAACAAAAACAAAAACCCUUUGUCACAAAAACAAAAACCCUCAUGUCAAACUUCUAGCCCAUGCUUUAGUAAUAUCCACAAGAUAUUGGCACAUUUAUCAGUUAGGUUAUUCUGAGCAAAAAGACUUUGGUGUUUAUCUUGGGUUUUAAAGUGUGGUUCCCAGACUGGCAGAAUUAGCAACAUCUGGGGGAAUUUAGUAAUAAUGCAAAUUCUUGGGCCCCACUCUAGAUAUAUCGAUUCAGAAAUAGUGGGGGAUGGGGAGGGUGAAGAAAUCUGUGGGUUUUGCUUUUUGGUGAGGAAGAUUGGCCCUGAGCUAACAUCUGUGCCCAUCCUCCUCUAUUUUUGUAUGUGGGAUAUCACCAUAGCAUGGCUUGAUGAGUGUUGCAUAUGUCUGGGCUGUGAUCUGAACCUGAGAACCCCAGGUGGCAGGAGUGGAGUGCACGAACUUAACCACUAUGCCAUGGGGCCAGCCCCCCAGGAAUCUAUGUUUUAACAAGUGAUACACACUCCAGUUUGCGAACCACUGCUCUUAAUAUACUCAAUCAGCUGGUUAAGUUACCCUCAUCUAUUAAAGACUGGGAUUCCAUCAAGCCAGAGGUGGUAUUAUUGGUAACCUCAAAUUGCCAGUGUUAUAUAAUUUAUCAUGUUGAUACACUGAAACCAAACCCUCACAUGUGUCUACACAAAAUGUAAUGUGUACUUCAUGCAGAUCACAGGGCAUGCCAAAGGAAGAUCUGAGGGGCCCCUUGUAAAAAAUAUGCAAGAAAACAUAUGGUUUCUUGAUACAUAUAGAAAUGAAACACCAUGAUUCACUUAGUUGUUUAGGUGUGUUCGUGUUUUCAUUGGCAUAUAAAUUGUUCCUAACUGAUGAGUCAUGGAAGAUAGGAAAGCUAAUUUGUUGGAGUAGAUUUGUCAAUAUAGUUCUAAAGAAAAGAAACAAAAUUUUAAAAAAUUUAUGGUAUUGUCUUACAUUAUAACCAAAAAAAGCACCAUAUUAGGCAUUUUAGACUUCUGAGAAAGAGAUAA